UGUUUAUUAAUUAGCAAAUUGCUUAUUAAGGCUGAACAAGACACCUGAUUCUUCAAUUAGGUAGUUGAUAUUUUUACCACAAUUAGAUACAACACUGCAUACAGAUGGUUAAUUUGAGAGCUAAAAACACUCUUCUCCUCUGAAAAUAGGCCAAAUCCCCAUCUCAUAUUUGUAACCGUAUUAACGGUUGACCUUUUCCAAAACCUUAAAAUACCAAGCAUUUUCCAUGCAAUAUCAUACAAGCUAGCACCUCCAAACACUUUUAAUAGAAGGCACCCAUUUCACUGUUCUUUUAGCCGUCUGGUGUUGAAGGCACACAGACAUAUAUUACAAUUAAGUUUUUUUUACCUCUUAUUAUUACGGUGAUCCCCUCCUUCAACACACAGGCGGCUCACUAAAGUAAAAAAAAAACAAAAAAAAUCAAUAGGUAGAAGGCAGGGAAGCAAGAAAAUGGGGACGAUUCAGCUUGCAGUGUUCAUGUUGGCAGCAAUAGGCUGUUUCUGGAUGGGAUCAGUGUCUGCAAUGGAUCACAUUGUUGGAGGAAGUGCUGGCUGGACUACUCCUCCCAACAAAACUUUCUUUCAGGACUGGGCUUUUCCAAGAACCUUUGGUGUUGGUGAUAGACUUGUUUUCCCAUACAGACCUGGCUCCGGCAACGUGGUAGUGGUCAACAAGGAAGACUUUGAUAGAUGCACUCAGAAAAAUGUGAUCUACAUGUACUACAAUGGGCCAACCAUCAUCAAAUUCACAACCACAGGAGACAACUACUACUACAGCGGCGUUGGCAAGCACUGCGAGGCUGGCCAAAAGCUCUACGUCAAGGUUGUCAACCAGAAGGGCUCAUCUGGCAAAGUUUUCCCAUUCAAGCUCGUUUCCAAAGAUACCAAGACCGCCGCCGCGCCUGAUACCGCCGCUGCCGCCCCUGCUAAGUCAUCAGCCUUGGAUGCAGCACCCGCACCUGCUAAGUCAUCAGCCACCGCCAUCCAAAGUGCUGGCAUGGCUUCUGGCUUGUUAACCAUCUUCUUCUCUCUUUUCAUCUAAAGAAUCCCUACAUAUAUCAUGUAAUUAUAUUGAGUUAUAUCUACCAUGUUUAAGAGAUGAUUAUUU